GCGCCACCCGGAAAGGCGGCUGCCAGCUAUGGCUGAGGCGAACCCCUGGGACCCGGCGUCCGAGCCAAACGCUGCGGGGCUACUGCUGGGCCAUUUCGUAGCUUCGGGGUUGGUUACUCAGGAGAUGUUAAAUAUAUCUAAGAAAUCAACUUCUUGCUUUGUGAACUUCUCCAGACUACAGCAGAUCACAGAUCUUCAAGCUGAGAUCUACCAGAAAAACCUGGAAAUUGAACUCCUAAGUCUAGAAAAAGAUGCAGCAGAUGUUGUCCAUCCUUCCUUUUUGGCUCAGAAGUGUCAUACUCUGCAAAGCAUGAAUAAUCAUUUGGAAGCGGUGCUAAAAGAAAAGCGGUCCCUCAGGCAAAGACUGUUGAAACCCAUGUGCCAAGAAAACUUGCCUAUUGAAGCUGUUUAUCACAGAUACAUGGUGCAUUUGCUGGAGUUGGCAGUAACUUUCAUUGAGAGAUUAGAAGAUCAUCUUGAAAUAAUUAGAAAUAUCCCUCAUUUAGAUGAAAAUCUAAAGAAAAUGAGCACAGCUUUAGCAGAGAUGGAUAUUUUGGUGGCUGAGACAGCAGAACUGGCAGAGAAUAUACUCAAGUGGCGAGAACAACAGAAGGAAAUUUCCUCUUGUAUGCCCAGAAUAUUAGCUGAAGAAAAUUUUCUUCAUAAAUACGAUGUUACAGUGCCUCCUUAACCUUUUACUUCUAAAGUUAAUGUUCAAACUAUUAAUGCAAGGUAAUUAUCAACUUUUAAUUUUUGUUUAAUUAUAUGUAGUCAUGUGAAGUCCAUUUCUAGUCAAUUAUAACAUGGGUAUUUAUAGACUUUGCCACUAGCAAUACUGAAAGAGCCCUCUUUAUAUUGAAAUACCAAGAUUGCAAGUUCAUUAAGACAAAACUGAAUUUUCCUUUGUUUUUCAAUGUAUUUUCAUUCCACUUUUCAAUAAAACUCAAAUAUAACUAUGAUAAUUAACGUGAGUGCAUUAACCAUAUCUUAGGCAGCAGACUUUAUUAUGUUGUUUUUUAAAAAAAUGCUUGUUUCUGAGUUAGAAGAGUCUUGAAUCUGAAAGCAUGUUGCUUAUUCCCGUGAGAUUGUCACUAAGUAUGCAAAAAAGAGCAAAAUAGCAGACCUGACCGCUAUCCUGUGAAAGGCCUGCUCGUAAGGUUGGUCCUUGACUGGCAUCUGGGAACUUAGAUUUCUAGGGUUCCCUCCACUCACUGAUAAGAGUUGCUCGCUGUGACUAAGGUGUUUUUACAGUGUGGUUUGUGCUGAACACCAGCUUCUUCCUGGGAGUCUAGAAUUUUGGUAUAUGCUAGGCAGAAGGUACCUAUGUGACUAGCCCGCAGUAAUAACCCUGGCACUGCAUCUUUAAUGAGCUUUGUGGUAGACAACAUUUCACACGUCACAACUCAGUUGCUGGGGGAAUUAAGCACAUCCUGUGGGACUCCACUGGCAGGGACUCGAAGAUUGUGCCUGGUUUCCCCCGGACUUUGCCCCAUACACCUUUCCCUUUGCUCUUUUGCUUUGUGUGCUUUUGCUGUAGUAAAUCAUAGCCAUGAGUACAGUCAUAUGCUGAGUCCUAUGACUCCUCCAAGCAUAUCAUCAAACCCAGGAGGUGGGAGGGGGCUCUUGGGGACCCGACACACUAAGCAAUUCCAGAGGGUGUUCACUGGCAGCCUUAGAAAUAGGCAAAGAAGUAGAGCAAAGCAAAGAAAAAGGCACAUUCUUGUAAAACUUACAGAGGUUUUACAAAUUGCUCAGAUAUUUUACCUGAGAUUAUUAUGCAUAUAAAAGGGAGUGGUAUACUAAGUCUCAGGAUGCUUUCAUUUAUAUCAGUAGUACAACUACCCUUGGCUUAUUUUCAGACUUGGGGUUCUCUUUCGCUUUAUUAUUAUUUUUUUUUUUUGGCUGCGUCAGGUCUUAGUUGUGGCAUGCGGGAUCUUCGUUGUGGCGCCCAGGCUCUUUGUUGCGGCCCACGGGCUUCUCUCUAGUUGUGGUGUGCGGGUUUUCUCUCUCUAGUUGUGGCGCGCAGGCUCCAGAGCACAUGGGCUCUGGAGUUUGCAGCACACGGGCUCUCUAGUUGAGGCACAAGGGCUCAAGUAGUUGUGGCGCGCAGGCUCAGUUGCCCUGUGCCAUGUGGGAUCCUAGUUCCCCAGCCAGGGAUCAAACCUACGUCCCCUGCACUGGAAGGUGGAUUCUUUACCACUGGACCACCAGGGAAGUCCCCUCUUCUGCUUUAAAUGGAUGCUUCAAUAAUUUUAUACUGUCCUAUUCUCUGUAUCACUGGAGUUCACUCAUCCUUGUAUUCAUCACACUCUUAAAGGCAAGAAGACCUCAACAUAGUGGAUGAGUUAGGUAGUUUUUCAUAAGGAAACAGGAUCAUCACCCAAUACUACCCCUGCUAAAAAACAUGUCUUGAAGCCUAUUUUGCUGACCUUUGCAAAUGGGAUAUAGAAGAGUGGUCAUAAUUUCUUGAACAUUGCCUAGACUCUUUAAGCAAAACUUUUAGUUAUAUUUCAUUAGAAAUCUGUUCAAGCCCAGCCUUGGUUUCAAACAUCUUACUAAGCUUCUUCAUGUAUCGUCAUACAUACAUAUAUAUAUAUAUGAGUAUAUG